AAGCCCCACUCGCAGAGCACAAAAUCCCUUCUCUUGAGACCACAAGUGCAUUGAAAGUGCGAGUGGUCGGAACUUUACAGGCUGACUUGUCGACAUCGCCGAGUCAUUCUGUUUCCGCGACUCACUAAGAUGGUCAAUAAUAAAUGUGUCGUGAUUUUAUUACUGACAAUAAUAUCGAUAUCGAAAGCUAUGCCGCAUUCACAGACAGUUGAGGACGAUCAUAAGAAAUCUGACAGCAAACAAGAUUCUCUAUUUAGCUUGCCCUUUUUGGAGUUCAAAAAUGGAGGAGUGAGAGUUAAUUUCGCUGGCUAUCAUGCAGAAGCUGGUCUAGGAGGCCUGUUAACUGGCGAUGCUAAAAGCGGAGGACUUUUUGCUGGAGCUGGAACACCUUUUGGUGCCCAUGCAUCUGCAGGACUUGGCGGGGGCCUUAAUGGCAACAAUGGCGGCAAUGCUGGUGGAGGAUUACAUGCGCGAGCUGGACUAGGUAAUGGUGGUCCAGAAGCUGCUGCAGGACUUGGAGGUAAUUUAGACGGUGCUGACGGUUCAAAAAACGGAGGUGUCCUUUACACGGCAACGAGUAAUAGAGGAAAAACUAGAAUCGUUAUGAAAAAUAUUGGCGGCGCUUCUAAUGUCAACGCACCACCAGUUCCUAAUGCGAAUAACAUUCAAUCGAUUCCUCGAAGCAAGGAGCAGAGUUCAAAUGUCCAGACAACUGAUAGCGAAUUAGUAAGACGCGAAAUUAAUUCACCAGGUGAAGGGGUCAAUGUCGUUGAUCCAAAUUUACCAGUAGCACAACAAGCAUACGCUCACGCAUACGACCGUUGCCGCAAAAAGGGAAGACGUGUCUGCAAUAGACUCAGAAAAACAAUAAUCCAGCAACAACUUCCGCUUGCACAAGUCCCUGGUGACUUUACAGCCGACAAAGUUAUUUUAAAUGAACCGAGUGCGUUGUCUUUGGACGCUCGCACCAGUGGCAAAAUAAUUGCCGAGAAUACUGGAUACGCAAAUGUUGCUGUGGCACCUGGACCAGCACCAUCUCCAGCAGCUUCGUCAAUUCCAUCGCCAGCAUACGGGCCCGCACAACCAAGGACGCUCUUUGACGACAUAUUCAACAUUCCCAUAUCCACUUUGCAUGCAGUAAACCAGUUGCUGAACAGCAAAGUUGGACGCUAAAUCUGGAUAUCGUGAUACACUCAUCGUGUAAACCCAAGGACGCACUUCUCCACAAUUCUUAAUUUUUUUAUUACUAUUCUAUCUCUUUAUCACCAACUGGUUUUAGUAGCAUUCAUCUUUGUUUACAUAAAACACGCGGAAAAAUUCGCAAGAUAAUUAUUAAGUUAAGAGUAAACACUUUUUUUUAUUAAUUGAGAUGACGUUCGAGCGAUGAUUAAUAUUUUAUAUGUAUUAUUUUUAAACCUCACUGCUUGCCAGUAAUUAUUUUUAUUGCGUCCAAAGAUUUUCGAUCAACGUACCAGAGUUAUUAUUUUUUUUUAUUACCGUUUAUUAUUAUUAUUAUUAUAAUAACUAUUUUUCUUAAUUUUUUGUGUAAACAAUUGUUUGAUUAAUUGUAAAUUAUACCCUCUUUUAAUGCUAACGCUUCAUAUAUAAUUUUGAAUUACGUAUGUCAAACAAUUGUCGCACACGUAAUUUCUAUAUAGACCUUGAGUUAUGAAAUGGAUUAGCGAAGCUAAUAAUUAUUCAUUAUUUUAAUUAACUAAUACCAUUAUAUUAUUGAUUACUUAUUACUUGUAUACAAUUACCUUUGUAUCGAAAAAAUAUUUUUAUUUUUGUUAACAACAACUACGUUAAAAUAUAUAUGGUUAUAAAAAAAAAAUACUAAAUGUAGACAGUAAAAAAUUUUCUGUUAAAUAUUUAACAUUUUAGUGUGUUAAUUUACAACACUGCUUUUGUGUUAUUUGAUCAGUUCAUUUUUAAAAAAAAAAAUUUUAAUUGAAACAAAAGUAACAUUUACUCAGUGCUGGAUUGUAAAAAAUCGGGAGUGAAUGUGGAGUGGUCACGAAAUUUUUUUUAAAUCCGCAUUCACUCCAGAUUGAAUCCAUAUUCACUCCGCAAAUUUUUUACAGUCUACUGUUCAAACAACACUUUUAAAAUAGAACUUUAACACAGAGCUCGUGUUAAUUUAUUAAAAUAACACAAAUAAUGUGUCGAAUUUAGCGUAGUCACUCGUUAAACAUAUAUACAUGAAUUUUUAUGUAUCAAAAUAACACACAUAAAAAUGUUAAAUCAACACUACAUGUGUCGCAGAUAAAAUUUGAAUGUG